GAGAAUGUUGCUUUGGGCUACACCAAUACAUUUUAUAUACCAAAAAUACCCUAACCAUCAUUGAUGUUUAUAAUAUUUUAGAUUAGAUUAUUCAAUAUAUUUACAUUAUUUAAUAUUUAAUAUUCAUAUUAUUUGUUGAUGUUUAUUGUUGAGGUUUAUUCCUUCAACCCUCGGGUCCAACACGUAAGCCCAAUGAUUUCGAGUGGAGUGUGUGUGAAUAAACUAGCCCAACAAGCAGAUGAUAUGGAUUAGAGAGAACAAGAAGUAGCAAGUAAUUGACUAGGUCUUCCCCCGACCCAAGAACAAAUGAAUCACGAGAAGCUCAUGAAGACAAGGAAAGGCAAGGGUGCUGCCGCCGAUGCCGCUCUCGCCAAGGCCAAGGCGGUUCAGAUGGCCGAUUCCAACUCUUCUGCCUCCCAGGCCGAUCGUCGCACGGUGGAGGCCGAGCAGCAUCUUAUCGCCACGGUGAUGGCGCAGGAGUCUCAGGCCCCGAUCCCAGGUUCUGGCGCCUCCGAAGUUGUGGCCCCCUUGCAGACCGUCCAUCCCCACGACGGGGAAAAGGCGAAGGACAAGAAGUCCAAAAGGCCACGGGGGGCUGGCUCUUCGGCCCCUGAAGUGCAAGAGUUGAUCCUUCCCUCUCUUGGGCGUCCGGCGCAUGACGUUUGGCAGGAGAUUGCUUCCCUGGCCGGCAUGGAGGUGCCUCCCCGGACGUCCUCGGAGGCUUCCAAUGCGGCUCUGGCCGCCGCUCUUCAGGUCGGGCUCUUCGUUCUUCAAUCUGAAGCUGCCCGAGAUGCCGAGGUCCUUCAGGCAAAGAACAAAGCGGACGCGGCUUUGAAGAAGGCGAGAGAGGCCGCUCGUCUCCAGGAGAAGGAAAUGGCGGCCAAGGACAAAGAACUGCAGGCUGCCCUGGAGGUGGCUCGCGAGUCCUCCGCAAGGAUCGCAGUUCUGGAGAAGGCCGGGUUCAAGCUCGUCUCGGCCCUCCCUGCUCCCAAGGAUGAGGCCCCUGAGUGGCUCGUCGAUGAUUCCGGGUACCAUAAUUCUGGGGCCUUCAUGAUCGCCACCCAGAGGUACCUCGGGGGCGCUUUCGGCGAUGUAUUCGCCGCCGAGCUGCAGAAGCGUGCGCCGAAGGAUCGGCUCAAGUUCGGGGUCCAGGUCCUGGAGAGUGCCCCCCUGGCCGAGAAGUUCCUGUAUGAUGUUGGAGAUUCCUCCUUCGUCAUUGGCUAUAAUGAAGGGGUGAAGGCCACACUGCCGGUCUUUGCCGCUCUUCAGGGCCCUGAUUUCAACCUGGCUCAGCACACCACAGACCCUGAGUUGAUCCGGGCGGUGGGCAAGUUGGAGCGGGACGCCCGGCGGGAGGAGGCUAAAGCCAGGGGUGAGGUCCCGGAGCCUCCGACCCCCGAGCCCGAGCUCGAGGAGGAAGAAGAACCCAUUCCGGGGGGGUCCCGGCCUGUUUCCCCAAAUUUUGUUUAGCGUAGCCUGUAAUCUCUUUAUUAUGAUUCUGUAAUAUCCGGUCAGUAGAGCCAAGGAAUACACAACUCUUUUUGC